GCCGGCCGCCCUUCCUCCCUCCAAGACCGGCCGCCCCGACCGCCUCGUGCUGGCAGUAGCGCCGCGAGUCUCCCACCUCACCACCACCACUGCUCGCCGUCCGUCCGUCCCUCCUUCCGUCCAUGGCGGCGGCGACCUCCGUCGUCAGCAGGCCUCCAAGACCCCUUCCCGGCCUGCUCUGUUCAAAUAUGCAUCCAAAAGCUUCAAGAUCUAACAAAAGUCUCCAAACUCCGGACUAGAGCCUGCCUACAGCCCCGCUCACACAUCCGUUCAGCGCCGGCCACCAUAACUUCACCGGAGUCGCCUCCUGCUUCUGCGCCACGUCGCCGGCACCGACAAGGCUCUGAAUCUGCUGCUGCUGCUGCUACCGCCGAUACAAUGCUGGAGCUGGCGCCGACGUGCCUGUGAGGACCACGUCUUCCUCGCUGCUGCUGCUGCUGCUGCAUUGCUGGUCCUGGGUGCUAAUCAGGGGGGAGCUCGUGAAGUGCAUCUGUGUUGGAGGAGUUUCUUCCGAGAGUUCCAAUGGUGGAGCUGGUGGUCACCAUGGCGCUCCGGCCACUGGUUGCCAUGCUCAGGGACAAGGCGUCCAACUAUCUCCUCGACCAGUACAAUGUAAUGGAGGGAAUGGAGAAGCAGCACAUGAUUCUGAAACGCAGACUUCCUAUCAUCCUGGACGUCAUCACUGACGCCGAGGAGCAGGCGACGGCCAACAGAGAAGGGGCGAAAGCCUGGCUCCAGGAGCUCAAGAAAGUAGCCUAUGAGGCAAAUGAAGUCUUUGAUGAAUUCAAAUAUGAAGCACUUCGCCGUGAAGCCAGGAAGAAUGGACACUACAAAAAGCUUGGAUUUGAUGUGAUAAAACUGUUCCCUACCCACAACCGUGUUAUGUUCCGUCACAGAAUGGGUAGCAAGCUUUCCAGGAUUCUGGAGGAUAUCAAUGUUCUCAUUGCAGAGAUGCAUGACUUUGGGUUGAGGCAAACAUUGUUGGUGUCCAAUCAGUUGAGGCAGACACCAGUGUCCAAGGAGUGGAGACAGACAGAUUAUGUCAUCAUCGACCCGCAAGAAAUUGCCAGCAGAUCCAGACAUGAAGAUAAGAAUAAUAUUGUUGACAUACUACUUGGUGAAGCUAGCAAUGCAGAUCUCGCAGUGGUUCCCAUUGUUGGAAUGGGGGGCCUUGGCAAGACCACAUUAGCGCAACUCAUAUACAAUGAACCUGAAAUUCAGAAGCAUUUUCCGUUGAAGCUCUGGGUCUGCGUCUCUGAUAUCUUCGAUGUGAAUUCGGUGGCUAAGAGUAUAGUUGAAGCAUCCCCCAAGAAAAAUGAUGACACAGACAAACCAGCACUGGAUAGACUUCAAAAACUGGUCAGCGGGCAGAGGUAUCUCCUUGUAUUGGAUGAUGUCUGGAACAGAGAGGUCCAUAAGUGGGAAAGGCUGAAGGUCUGUCUUCAGCAUGGUGGCAUAGGUAGUGCAGUGUUGACAACAACCCGUGAUAAACAAGUUGCUGGAAUUAUGGGCACAGAUAGAACCUACAAUCUCAAUGCUUUGAAGGAUAACUUCAUAAAGGAAAUUAUUUUAGACAGAGCAUUUAGUUCAGAGAAUAAAAAGCCACCCAAGCUACUCAAGAUGGUUGGUGAGAUUGUGGAGAGAUGCCGUGGCUCUCCUCUAGCUGCAACUGCACUGGGAUCUGUACUUCGUACCAAGACCAGCGUGGAAGAAUGGAAGGCUGUAUCAUCUAGAAGCAGUAUUUGCACUGAGGAAACUGGAAUUUUGCCAAUACUCAAGCUUAGCUACAACGAUUUGCCAGCACACAUGAAGCAGUGCUUUGCUUUCUGUGCCAUAUUCCCCAAGGAUUACAAGAUUAAUGUGGAGAAGCUUAUCCAACUAUGGAUCGCAAAUGGCUUUAUCCCAGAACAGGAGGAAGAUAGUCUUGAAACCGUUGGAAAACAUAUUUUCAGUGAGCUAGCAUCAAGGUCAUUCUUUCUGGACAUAGAGGAAUUUAAGGGUGACAUGGAAGAUCAGCAGUAUUGUUUCAGAACUACAUGCAAAAUUCAUGAUCUUAUGCAUGAUAUUGCAAUGUCUGUUAUGGGAAAGGAAUGUGUCGUUGCAAUUAAGGAACCAAGUCAAAUCGAGUGGCUGUCAGAUACUGCUCGGCAUUUGUUCUUAUCAUGUGAAGAAACACAAGGUAUUUUGAAUGAUUCUUUGGAGAAAAAGUCCCCUGCCAUUCAAACACUGGUAUGCGAUAGUCCUAUUCGAAGCUCAAUGAAGCAUCUAUCAAAAUAUAGCUCUUUGCAUGCCUUGAAGCUCUGUCUGAGAACUGAAUCAUUUCUACUCAAACCAAAGUAUCUGCAUCACCUGAGGUACCUUGAUCUCUCAGAAAGUUAUAUCAAAGCACUUCCUGAGGAUAUAAGUAUUCUAUAUAACCUGCAAGUGUUGGACCUUUCCAACUGUUAUUAUCUUGAUCGACUUCCAAUGCAAAUGAAGUAUAUGACUUCCCUCUGCCACCUAUACACUCAUGGAUGUCCGGGGUUGAAGAGCAUGCCUCCAGGACUUGAGAAUCUAACUAAGCUGCAGACACUCACAGUUUUUGUAGCAGGAGUUCCUGGCCUUGAUUGCAGUGAUGUUGUAGAGCUGCAGCAUUUAAACAUUGGUGGUCAGCUAGAGCUAUGCCAGGUAGAGAAUGUUAUGGAAGCAGAGGCAAAAGUGGCAAACCUUGGAAACAAGAAGGAUCUCAGAGAACUGACAUUAAGAUGGAAUUCUGUUUGUAACAGCAAGUUGCUCGAGAAUUUUGAACCACAUGGUGAGCUGCAGAUUCUGAAGAUACAUUCCUAUGGAGGAGAGUGCAUGGGUAUGUUGCAAAACAUGGUUGAGAUCCAUCUUUUUCAUUGUGAAGGAUUGCAAAUUUUGUUCAGAUGCAGUGCAAUCUUCACUUUUCCAAAACUGAAGGUGCUUAUGCUAGAACAUUUGUUGGGUUUUGUGAGAUGGUGGGAAAUAGAUGAGAGGCAAGAAGAACAUACAAUAUUUCCUGUGCUUGAGAAGUUGUUUAUUAGUAAUUGUGGAAAGUUGGUAGCAUUACCUGAAGCACCAUUGCUGCAAGGGCCUUGUGGUGAAGGUGGUUAUACAUUGGUACACUCAACGUUUCCUGCCCUAAAGGUGCUCAAAAUGAAAAACUUGGAGAGCUUUCAGAGGUGGGAUGCAGUCAAAGAGACUCAAGGUGAACAGAUACUGUUUCCUUGUCUGGUGGAACUAUCAAUUGAGAAAUGCCCAAAGCUGACAGCAUUACCGGAAGCACCAUUGCUUGAAGAACCAUGUAGUGAAGGUGGUUAUACAUUGGUACGCUCAGCGUUUCCUGCCCUAAAGGUGCUCAAAAUGGAAUACUUGGAGAGCUUUCAAAGAUGGGAUGCAGUCGAAGAGACUCAAGGAGAACAGAUAGUGUUUCCUUGUCUUGAGGAACUAUCAAUUCAGUGGUGCCCACAGCUGAUAGAUUUACCUGAAGCACCAUUGCUUCAAGAACCAUGUAGUGAAGGUGGUUAUAGAUUGGUACGUUCAGCCUUUCCUGCCUUAAAGGUGCUCAGAAUGAAAUUCUUGGGAAGCUUUCAGAGAUGGGAUGCAGUCGAAGGGACAUUGUUUCCUCAACUUGAGAAACUAUCAGUUCAGAAGUGCCCCAAGAUGAUAGAUUUACCCGAAGCACCAAAACUCAGUGUCUUAAAAAUUAAAGAUGGUAGACAAGAGAUCUCCGAUUUUGUAGAUAGAUAUUUGCCUUCAUUGACCAAUCUGAUACUGAAGCUAGAAAACACAGAAACAACAUCAGAGGUUGAGCACACUUCAAUUGUACCGGUGGACAGCAAGGAGAAAUGGAACCAGAAAUCCCCUCUUGAAGUUAUGAAGCUAAGAUACCGCAACUUGUUCUUUGGAUCAGGUGCAUUAGAGCCGUGUGACUAUUUUGUACACCUUGAAAACUUGGAAAUUGAUAGAUGUGAUGUGCUCGUCCACUGGCCAGAGAAUGUGUUCCAAAGCUUGGUAUCCUUGAGGACAUUACUGAUUACAAACUGUGAAAAUCUGACUGGAUAUGCACAAGCUCCUCUUGAGCCAUUGGCAUCCGAAAGGAGUGAACACCUGAGAGGUCUGGAGUGUCUUUACUUACAAAACUGCCCAAGUUUAGUAGAGAUGUUCAACGUCCCGGCAUCUCUCAAGAAAAUGGUUAUUGAUAGGUGCAUUAAGCUUGAGUCCAUAUUCAGCAAGCAGCAGGGCAUGGCAGAGUUAGUCCAAGUAUCUUCUAGCAGUGAGGCAGACGUGCCUACAGCUGUAUCAGAGUUGCCAUCCUCACCCAUGAAUCACUUUUGUCCAUGCCUAGAAUAUCUACGUUUAGUUGGAUGUGAAAGCUUACCAGCGGUUCUAAAUCUGCCUGCAUCCUUAAAGACCUUAGGAAUUGAUGGCUGCAGUAGUAUUCAAGUCCUAUCAUGCCAGCUGGGUGGGCUCCAGAAACCAGAAGCCACUACCUCCAGAAGCAGAAGUCCAAUCAUGCCACAGCCACUAGCAGCAGCAACAGCACCAACUGCAAGAGAGCAUUUACUUCCUCCCCAUCUCAAACGUCUAAUAAUACGGGACUGUGUUGGCAUGUUGGGUGGGACUCUCCGUCUGCCUGCACCCCUCAAGGGACUGCGCAUUAUUGGCAACAGUGGGCUGACAUCGCUGGAGUGUCUGUCGGGAGAGCACCCCCCAUCGUUGGAAUACCUUGAUCUUGAAAAAUCCAGUACCCUGGCAUCCCUGCCGAAUGAGCCGCAAGUAUACAGUUCUCUCGGGUAUCUUGAAAUUAGAGCCUGCCCUGCUAUAAAGAAGCUCCCUAGAUGCCUGCAGCAGCAACUGGGCAGCAUUGACGGCAAAAAUCUAGAUGCCUGCUAUAAAGUAACGGAAUUCAAAUCAUUGAAACCGAAGACAUGGAAGGAAAUACCGAGGCUAGUCCGUGAGCGGAGGCAGGCCUGCCGGAGCUGAAGCUGAAGGUCAUUCAGCUUCUAUUCAAUGACAGGCCCGAUCCCUGAUUCUUGCACUGCUCUGCUCUGCUCUGCUAGGGGAAUGGCCUGUGAUUGCUUCUACAGCUGAACUGUGCCGCAGUCCGCUCUCGGUCGAGAACUGUCGGGGCCUGCGGUGUAGCGCGGCUGCUGCUGCUUGGCGUUGAGUCGGGCAUCUCUGAAUCAACAUCCCAGGCCAAGACCAUCUCAUCUUUUGUACACCAUUCCUGUCAUGUAGCCCAGUGUUGUAUCUGAAUAGCUUCUUGCACCAUACAAUGUUUAAUUUGUACACCAAAAGACUGGGGAGGAUACAAGAUGUUUGUUUUACCCAAAUAUUUAUGCCUAACAACAUAUACAAGGUUCCAUAAUUUUUUAUCAACCACUCAGACAUGGAUUUUACCAAUAACCAGCAAAGCAGCAGCAUGCCGCAGCUGAAGCUAAAUCACAUUAAUUUGCACCCGCGAUUCAUGUUUCAUUUUGCAGCAAAAUGUAUGCGACGUGGAAGAAUCAACAUACAAUGGUUAUUCAGACUCAUCCCAAACAAACGGACUAAAAUCCAAGGAACCCCGCAAAUUUUGCAGCAGAAUGCAUGUAGUAAACAUUAAUUUUGAACCCUGCAAAUUCAUGUUUCAUUUUGUAGUAUGCAAGUAGCAUGGAGCCACGCCCCAAAUUCAAGGACACUCAUGGCCUCUUGUUGCCAACACCAGUAGCAAUCCGUUACCAGAAUUAA